AUGUCAAAAUUAAUUGCAAAUCGUUUGGCGUUUUGUCGUCUAUUGAAUCCAUUUGUUUACGAGAAGACAAUUGACGUGAAAUGCUUGUCAACUGAUUUGGGAAGAGAUGGUCCGCAAGACUCGAGAAGUGGUGAAGAUGUGGUUGACUACGAUAUUGUGAUAAACGGCGGCGGAAUCGUUGGCUUUUCCACAUUAUUGUCACUCAAUUGGUCUCCAUUUCUUAGGGAUCGCAACAUCUGUUUGAUUGAACGCCAAUUGGAAACGAAUGUCAAGUCUUUAGACAGAAGUGAUAAUCAAUUUUCAAACAGAGUUUCGGCGAUAACUAAGUCUUCUCAGCGCUUCUUCGAGCGGAUCGGUGUUUGGGAUCAAUUCAAAGAGUUUGCAAAACCUGUCAAAGAGUUUUACGUCUGGUCUCACAAAUACAAUAAUGCCAUUAAUUUUACUCAUGAUAUAAAUGAUGGCAACGAAGACAAUGGUCUCGUUUGCUAUGUUAUUGAAAACAAUCGGAUCUUGUCUUCACUUCAGUCUAAACUCAAUGAAAUGCAUUCAAACGUCUUCUACGAGACGGAUGUGACGGAUAUAACAAGUGGUGAUAAUUGUCUUAAAAUCGAUACAAAAAGCUUGAAAAAUGAUAAUAAGAAGAGUUUGAGGACUAAACUGUUGAUCGGUUGCGACGGCUUUCAGUCCAUAGUUCGUCAAAAAUCUAAUUUAACUAAUUUUGAACACGAUUUAGAAGAGUUGGCAAUUGUUGCCACACUUCACGUCUCACCCGGUGAUGGAAAUGUGUCCAAUGAUAUCGCUUUCCAACGCUUUGUUCCGUUAGAUAACUCAGUCAUUGGUUUGUUGCCUCUAAACCAAGAGUUUUCAUCACUGGUAUGGAGUGUUCCCAAAGAAUUGGCCAAACCUAUGAUGGAAAUGAGUGAACAACACUUUGUCGACCACUUGAAUGACUCGCUCUUCAUUGAAGGCAUUCAGUCGUCUUCGCUCUCUUCCACAUUAGAUGAUAUGAUUAGCCGUUUUGCGCCCAAACAGGUCUUCAACCAACAAAUACCCCGGUAUUCGGUUCCACACAUGAUCUCUGUAUUACCCAAUUCUCGCGCUGUAUUCCCAUUGAAAUUUGGCACAACUCUACCAUAUCUUGUGGGCUCUCCUCACGGCUCGUCCAACAAUAAUAGGAUUGUUAUCAUAGGAGACGCCGCCCAUCGAGUCCAUCCACUUGCGGGUCAGGGCCUUAAUCUCGGUGUUGGAGACGCCGAUGUGUUGUCUCAAUGCCUUCACAGCCAUCUCUAUGCGGGAGAAAGACUUUUCGGUGAAAAUAUCUCUGAUUUCAAAGAAUUGGAAAAUUGCAAGUUGUUUCACCAUCGGAUCCAAUUGACGUCUUCGCAUGACGUCAAGUCUAUACACGUCGGCGAAGCGGGCGAUGGCUUAACACUUCCCGAUUGGUUGUACUUUAAACGGGACACAAAUGAAUUGAUUGGUCUUCCCUUCGAGAAGGGAUUGUUCUUCAUUGAAGUCCGUCUCAAAUAUUGCAAGUUGUUUCACCAUCGGAUCCAAUUGACGUCUUCGCAUGACGUCAAGUCUAUACACGUCGGCGAAGCGGGCGAUGGCUUAACACUUCCCAAUUGGUUGUACUUUAAACGGGACACAAAUGAAUUGAUUGGUCUUCCCUUCGAGAAGGGAUUGUUCUUCAUUGAAGUCCGUCUCAAAUAUUACGGCAAACAGCAGUUGAACGACAUAUUUGCCAUCGAAGUGACUGAUGGCUCUUCACAAGCAGCCAAUCAUUUAUCGCAAUAUCGCUGUGUUUUACGAAUUAAGCAAACAUUUGACAACAUAUCCGAUGUUUGGCAUCUCAUUAGUUCCUUAAUCCCUAAUACUUUGAUAAGUAAUCAAAAAUCUCAAGCAUUCAGUGAUUGGUUACAAAGGUUUUCGAUUUCACGCAAUACUAAUAAACAAUAUCUAAUCACUUAUGACAUCGAAAACUGUGACACAAACACCGGAAGUAAAUUCUCUGAUGACCACUACAUCUCUGAUGACAUUGGUCUCAAACUUAAGACAUUGGGCUUCGAGUCAGAUAUGGUUCAGAUCACACGAAAACAAUUAGAUGACAACCAACUCUUCAAUGAUAUGAUGCAUACAUCCAAUGAUCGCAUCGGUGGCGACACUGAGAAACGAAACUCUCAUUACCGUCGAAAUGUUGCCAAUGGUAUACAUCCGACUCCAAUCUUAGCGCCCGAUUGGAUGACAUUAACCACAUCUACGAUCAUACCAUCCAUUGAUAGUAAAGAGCCCACACAACACGACCCGCUCUCCAGAGUUUUGAUCCCUUCGAUGAUAUCUCCAACGGUGACCGCGAGUUCGCCGACAGUCUCGUUACCGGCCGGCGAUCCCAUCGAGAACUCAAUACUCAACGGUCACGACCGCAGACACCAUCACUUGAAGCCAAACAAAUUUCAAACGCCAUUCAUUUAUACAACUCCUGUAUUGGCACCCGAGAGACCCACUCUGGUUGACGGCCACGAAGACUUAUUCACACCGAUUCCAGUGACACAAACACCGAGUCAUCAUUCGCCACAUCUCUCGUCGGAGACAAUAAUGAUAGCUCCGAGUCCUUCCGUGGCGUUUGACAUAACGCCGUCUCUGAUUGACGUGACGACCGAAAGGCCGACUACAAGUGCGGCUGAAAUCCCGAGCUCUCCCUCUUCUGUUCCCAAUAAGACUCCUUAUAUUAACAAAAGAAUCCGAAAACUGGAACUAAUUUCUGGCAAAUACUGGAAAUAUACGAUUCCUUCGGAAACGUUUGUCGACUUCGAAGACGGAGACACUCGUAAACUUAAGCUCACUUUCCUUAUGUCGACAUCUGGUUCAACGCAAGAGCAGCCGUCGUCCGACUUCUGGAUCCAAUUCGAUCACGAAAACCAAUAUCUCUUCGCUUUGCCCACCGAUGAAGACAUUGGGAAACAUAUCUUUAAUUUAGUGGCGGUUGACUCGAGCGGCGCUCACGUGACCGAAGCGCUCGAAGUUCACGUGCGUCAGCAUAAGAACACCCGUGCCUUCACACAUGUGUUUGCUCUUUCCAACGUGGUAUGGGAUCCGUACCAGUUCUCCUGUCUCAUCGAUGCCACCGCUUCCCUCUUGAAACGCGUCACCACAAGACUCUUCGGCGACUCUAACAUUCAAACCAUUGCCGUUCAGAAAAUCACUAAAAACGAUAGAGAAAACUCAUGGACCAUUUCGUGGACAAACGAUACGCUUCCUACUCAUCCGUGUCCACGAGAAGCAAUUCAGAGCUUAUAUUCGAGUCUUCGUGACACACAUAAAGUGAUUGAUGAUUCCUCCGCAGAGCCGAGCCGUCUUCUGCGUCAAACCCUUUCCCCAGAAUUUCAGGUCCAAAAAGUUCACUUGAACUUCAUAGCGAAGAGCGCCUGCGGUUCGUAUGAAAUCCCAGACAUUGACGACAAGAAACCUAAAGAACAGCCAAUAAUACGCAACCGAAUUGGAAAACUCGGACCCUUCAGACUCGGCGAAGCCUUUAGAUAUAAGGUUCCCGAAGACACGGUUUACUCGCCGGCCCGACAGGUGGGCACUCGAGACCUCACUCUCACCUGCGAAGCCAUAGAACCGCACGAAAUGCCAUCGUUUAUGUACUUUGAUUCCGACGAUCAGGAGUUGUUUGGUUUGGCUCUCACUUCAAAUUGGGUUAAUUCUUACGAAUUGAAACUCUUGGCCGAAGACACCAUUAUUGACGGAUCUGUUUCCGACAUAUUUUCUGUGGAAAUAAGUGAUGAAAUCCGCGAUCAGACCAAACAACCACUCUUUGAAGUCAUAAUAAACGUAUUGACGCCUCAAGUGAGAGAAGAUCUCACUGUCAAAGAACAGGUGGAUAUUGUUCAGCGAAUCUCUUCGGGAAUGUUUAGUGACGGCGACUCGAGUGCUGUCCAUAUCAUAAGCAUAAAGAAAUAUCAAUACGACGGACUCGCGCCAGCCUUUCCCGAAGAUAACAAUUACUUGGAUUCGGAACCAAUUGAUGACAAUUCCGAUAAUAAAGGGCAUAGAAUUCAUAGACACGAUGGGAAUCACGAUUCAGUUCCCAAAACACGUCACUCUAAAAGAGAAUCAAAUCCUCUCUAUUAUUACGAGUAUAAGUGGACGAACCGUACGAUUGUUGGACACGACAAUUGUCCGCAACAUCUCAUCAAAGACAACAUUUUGAACCGAAUAUUCAAAAGAAGUUACGACAGCCUUAAGUCACUUAAAGAUGUAUUUGAGCCAAACUAUGAGUUUAUUAACGUUGAGUUCGAGCCGUUGGGCGCGUGUAAAACCAAAUUGAGUCCCAAAGUGAUGGGCGCCCGACCCAUACCCGUAACGAUUCCGCCGUCCACUCAAUGGACGCCAACUAAACCCACGCCAAGAGAAGAAGAAGACGUCGAGAACGCUAUAGAUAUCGACGAAUCAAAUGAAUUCUUAUUGACAACUAUUAUACCUCCGGUCGCUAUUUUGAUUGCUUUGAUAUUCGCUGCGAUAGUCGGCUGUUGUUUCCACAGAGCGAACAGACGCAGGAAGAGCGUCGAGAUCUCUUCACGACUGCCCACCGAUUCGGGACUCAAUGAGAGGGAAGCCUUCCUCCAGAAGGGACGCAUUCCCAUCAUCUUUGAGUUCGAACAACAACAACAUCAACAACAAAAUCAAUUCCCACCCAAUGCCUCACAACAACAAUACACGCCCGUCAUUAUGCCGCCACCGCAGGCACAGCAUAUUCCUCCACAACAGAUGACACCAUUACGGCAGCUGAGCAGUAGUGCGGGAUCUAAGCUACCAUAUCAGGCGGGUUCAGGCCCUCAGGCGCGACGCCAACCGCCACCGUAUUAUAAAUAGAAAAGCAAUUAUAAUGUAGUGUUGAGUAAAAUGCUUGUGGAGUGCCUUCUAUGCAAUACAAACCAACAAACCAUUCAUUCGAGUCAUACAACACUUGCUAACCAUAGGUGUGAAUGAAUGCACUGUCGAGAAGAGUACAUAAGGACUGGCAUUACUUUGGCAUUUGAUUCUCAAGCUAUACAUUGAUUGCCAACUAUUAAAACAACUAUUUGUAGUGAUUUCUGUUGUUUGUGUGCCUUUUGUUAGUCGUGUUUCGACUCUAUGUGUGCGACACUUAUCACUAAUACUGUAUUCAAAUUAUAUCAAUCAUUAACUUAAUUACAUAAUAAUAUACUUUCUAUUAAUUUAAAUGCGCGAAACCUUUUUUAAUUUGAUAUAAACUUUAUUUUUGACUUUUAUUUUGAUUUUAAUAUAAUUUUAAUAUAAUUUUAAUUUAAAUAUCAUGUAUUGAAAUGAAAACAAAAAACAAACAAUUUUGUAAUAUAUUCCUAACUUAAGAUAUCAUUAAUAAAAACAUUUAAACACAAAUGAA